AUAUUACAUGUUAAUUCGAUGCAACAUGUAUUGGAAUUGACGGUACAUUGAUAAUUAUACAAUUUAGAUCCAUCAUACAAUUUCGAUAAAAUUGUAUACGCUGCUUAUUCGAUGCAUUUUUGCACAAAAUGAACAAAAAAGUAUGGCAGAUAAAAGUUCUACUCUAUCUUGCGAAGCAAUAAAUUUAUCGUUAAAGUUAAAACUAACAGAUAUGUAUAUUAUCAAAUCUAUUAUUGACAAAAUAUAUAGCGAUAUGUUUCUUGUUUUGAUCUGCACAACUACAUAUUUUUAUAUUUAAAUAAUGUAUUUCUUAAGUAAAUUUAAAGAUAAUUUAUUAUUCGGGCUGCUAGUUUUACAUACAUUUCUGCAAAAGUCACAUAGCAUAUGUGUAAAUCAUACAAUAUAUAAAGGCAGUUAUAAACUUAUAAAUAUAAUUUAUAAAGACGUAUCAUAUUAAAACUAAUUUUAUAUUACAGGAUUCUGCCAAUUAUUCUUACAUCAUUCGGACAACUGUUCUUCUUAAAAUUUAAAAGAACGCAAAGAAUAACUGAAGUUUAUAAAAGUUGAAGAAAUUUUCACAAGGAUUAGAACAGCCUGCGACCACAUCAUCGGCAGCCUGCCAUAAGAUAAUGACAUACUUGAAAAACUAGGAGGUACACCUUUGGAUAAUCCUUUUGAUAUGAAUUGCUCUGCCAAUUCUUUAUAUAAUGGUUCGCUAAGCUUAAACAGAGACAAACUUCGGUGAAUUUUUUAUCAAUAGCAUACACCAGCUUACAAGAAAGAGAAUUUUGGUAAAACUGAACUCAAAUGGAAGCGCUUGCACUCAUGUCACUAUCAUGUCCUGACAAUUUCGGAUUUUAUAAAACUAUAGGAGACGUGAUUGACGUUGAGAUUGUGAUUGACAGCUGGAGCAAAGCUAUAAUUUAGUUCAACAUUACGUGAAGUUUAUUUAAUGUUUUUCUCUUAUUUUCCCUCGUUUUUUAUGUUUUUAAAAAUGAUUUUUAAAAUAUAUUUACUAAUAAUCAUAAAGUAUAAUAUUGUAAACGACCGGUUUAGGCGUGACCCGCGAGAUAUUCAAACUGAAGGAAAAUUGUCCAGGAGGAGAUACCAGGCUAAUAAUCACUCUUGCUGCAGGCUAGAAACUGCUUUUUAUUUGCAGGCUAGCUUUACACACGUCUCGUUCGUAGGAGUGAUACUACUCGCCUUGCCUUUUUCGACAAGACAGGGCCUCGCGUCGCAGGGCCUAGUUAAAAACUAGCGACGCCUCGUUCGCAUAGCGUCGAUCAAAACAACUACGACACGUGGCGCUGUUAGUGAAGCAGAGUAGUCGCCAAGCGCUGUAACAUUAUAGGCGCGAUGUUUGAACACUACAAAUUUUCUUACAGUUCGGCCAUCCUGCGAGUUCAUUCGACCCGAAUGAAUAAUAAAAUACAAAACAACUAAGCAUGGAUAGCUAUGAUUAUCGUAAAAUAUAAAAAUUAAUACGAGCACUACCUAACUUAAGAGGAAAUAAGAUACAUAAUGGACACAAAGUAAUGCUCUUAAUAUCUAAAAAGUAACACUAAUCGUAGACUAGAGCUUAUUUAAUAACGGGUUUUAUCCAUGGUUUAAGCCUAUCGGGCGACAAAAUAGAAUCAUAUGGCUUUUGAGUGAUGUUAAAACCGGGAAUGUCGGUGAUUACAUAUCUAUUUUUAUUUAAUACUUUAGACACUAAGUAUGGACCUUUGUAUUUGGCCUGAAACUUUUUAGAAGAACCGGGAGCAAUUGAAUUUCGUAUUAAUACAUAGUCUCCCUCUUUAUAUUGCGACGGAGUUGAAUGACGUUUAUCGUAAUAGAUCUUAUUAUAGCUUUUGAUUUUGUCGCUAAUCUGAGGCUGCGGUCCGAAACACGCCUACAGCGCUAUUAGCGCGCUCACGAUUGGUCCGAUUCACGCUUGCAGUGUUUUCAUGAGCAUAAUGACGUUAUCAAUACGUGACGUUUCAGUGCUCAUGGUGACCCUGGAUGGAAGAUGGGUCACUGUGAGCGUCUCGUAGCCGCAUGACGUCAGAAUGCGCGAAAAAGUGAGGAUUUAAAAAAGGACAUAGCAAUUAAAAGUAAAAAACUGCAUUAUAAUGUCGAAUAAAUUGAUAUCUGUUCCUGUCUUCGUGGAAGAUGCAAAUGAGACAUUAAUACUGAAAAUUUCGCCACAAGAUGCAGAGAGAGUGAAUACAGAUAUAAAUUAUAUGACAAGCCUCGUUAAUGAAAUAUAUAAAAAGAGAAGUAAAAAAUUAAAUAGUCAAUUGAAUGUACAAACUUCGACAAAUAAUGAUAUAAAUACUUCAAUUCAACAGUCUUCAUGCAAUGAUAAAUCUUAUACUUCAUCUCCAGAACAAGAUUCUGAUGAAGAUGAUCUUAAAGAUGUAGUGAAUGAAAAGUCAUUGUUUAUAUGGCCAUCUAAAUGUAUAUACUUGUUGCUUGAAAAAUAUGAAGAAAGAAAAGAAGAAUUUACAGGAGGUAUGAAACGUCACAAUAAAAUUUGGGAAGCUAUUGCUCAUGAAAUAAAAAAAAUAAAUAUUGAAUAUACUGUGAGUGGAUCACAAUGUCAAUCAAAAUUUAAUAGUUUAAAGAAAACAUACAAAAAAAUAUUGGACUAUAAUUCAGUGUCAGGGAAUGACAGAAAAACGUGGCCAUAUUUUGAAAGAAUGCAUGAAAUUUUUGGAAAAACAGGAUGGGCAACUCCUAAAGCUAUUGCUUCAGAAGCUGGACCAUGUGAUGAACAGGCGAGUGUAUCUGAUUCUUCUGCGAAUGAUGAUAAUAAAAGAAAACCCAAAAGGAAAAUUGAGACUGUUUUACAUGACUUUAUGUCAGAGAUAAAAAAGGAAAAAAUACAGAAAGAGAAAAAGAGAGAAGCUAAAGAAAGAUGGUUUCAAGAACUGAAGGAACAACGAGAAAGACAACACCAGGAAAAAAUAACACUGAUGCAAAAGUUAUUAGAAAGCAUUAACAAGAAGUAAUUUAAUUAUUCUUGUAAUAUUCUAAAUUCUUAGUUUUUACUUCUG